AUGUCGCUGCCAACAGAGGUCCUGACACUGAUCGUGGCCCACACUGAUGCAAACACCCGCCAUGCGCUGCGCGCCGCGAGCCGCGGCCUGCGCAACGCCGUCGAUGCGAACUGCAAAGCGCUCACGCUGCCCAGGACACGAACUUGCAGUCCUGCAGCCGUGCUCCUCGCGCUGCAAAGCGCCGCGGCGUGCUGCAACCGGUGGGGCGGCGUCAGGGCGCUCACUCUCAAAGACCUGGGCGCCGAGUGCAUGCGGCCUGCGCUGGCGCUGCUGAACGGUGCAGCCAGGCAUUGUCCAGAGCUCUCCACCAUCACACUGGCGCGCCUGGACUGCAAGCUGUCGCUGGCCCUCACCUCCUGCCUGUCCAGCUGCCGCCUGGCGAGCCUGACAUCGCUGGCGCUGACGGCCUCCAAUCACGGGGAGUCGCUGCCGCUCACGCCGGUGGGCGAGCUUUCAAGCCUCACUGCCCUCACCGUCAUUGGCCGCGCCGACGUCGCGAGCGCCGCUUGGCUCCCGCCCGGCCUGCGGCGCCUGCGGCUCGGCGCACUCGACUUGGAACAUCCGGGGAUCGGCGGCACGUCUUGGCUCGACGCCAUUGGCGCGUGCCGCGGCCUGGAGGUGCUCGAACUGUCCUGGCUUGAUGGCCUUGACUUGGGGCCAGAACCGGACCACCCCGACGACGAGUUCGACUUCACAAAGUUUUACUCCAGCAUUGGCCAGCUCACCAACCUGCGCGAGCUGAUCGGCGUGUUCUAUCGGGAGGCUAACGGCCUCGCGGAAAUCUACAGCAUCGACGGCUUUGAGGCCCACCUGCUCCUGCCAAAGCUGACCGCGCUGCAGCGGCUCGCGCUGUACACCGGAUUCGAAGACCAGAUGGACCCGGCGAUCAAGGGCCCUUUGAGCAGCCUAGCAGCGCAGUGCGCGACCCUGGAGGAGCUCGCGUUCGGCGCGCUCCCUGCGGCCGACGACGCCGACGCCGCGCUCGUGCCAUGCUUCCCGCGCCUCGAUGGCCUUCACAUCACCUUUUCGCAGCACAAAAGCUACCCCCCAUCGCUGCGAUCGACAUUCCCUGCAGUAAGCCGGCUGAUAGUGGGCUGCAAUGCCAGCUAUUACGGCGCCGUUGUAGAUUUUGAUGCAGUCGCAUCCCUGCCUUGCUGCACAAGUCUCUCCAUUAUGGAGGCACCGGAUAUGCCGGAACUAUCCGGCAUAUCGGAUUUCUAUGGCCGCAUAGACGCCCUGUCCAGGUGCAGCACCUUGAGACACGUGCGCCUGUCAAGCCUGUUUAAGGCUCCGCUUGAGGAAUGCCUCGAGCUUGCAAUCGCGCCGCAAAUCCGCGUUCUCGAGAUGCACGGCUGCACAUUCGAUGACGAGGUGUCGCCGAACGCGCUCGCCACGUCGUUACGCGUCGUCGCGCGCCGGCGCGAGGGCUUCAGCGUGGUGGUUGAGCCGCGGCCGCUCUCCCCUCUGCCCUGCCUGCUGCCACAUGACAUUCUGGAUGGGUGA